AUGUCGGGAAAAAUGACAUUGUACAAGUUGGUGGUGUUGGGAGAUGGAGGUGUUGGAAAGACGGCUCUCACAAUCCAGCUCUGUCUCAACCAUUUCGUUGAAACAUACGAUCCGACCAUCGAGGAUUCGUACCGCAAACAAGUCGUCAUCGAUCAACAGUCAUGCAUGCUCGAGGUGCUGGACACGGCUGGCCAGGAAGAGUACACCGCGCUCCGGGAUCAGUGGAUCCGCGACGGGGAAGGAUUUGUACUGGUCUACAGCAUCACGUCGCGCGCCUCCUUCUCGCGCAUCACCAAAUUCUAUAACCAGAUUAAGAUGGUCAAGGAAUCCGCUAGCUCGGGUUCUCCCUCCGGCCCAAGCUACCUGAACUCCCCGAUAGGCAAUCCCUCCGGCGGUCCCCCAUUGCCUGUGCCCGUGAUGCUGGUCGGCAACAAGAGCGACAAGGCCGUCGAGCGGGCCGUGUCCGCACAGGAGGGCCAGGCCCUGGCCAAGGAAUUGGGCUGUGAGUUCGUCGAAGCCUCAGCCAAGAACUGCAUCAAUGUCGAGAAGGCCUUCUAUGACGUCGUGCGCAUGCUCCGCCAGCAGCGGCAACAGCAACAAGGCGGUCGGGGACAAGAGCGCCGCCAGACGCACAGAGAUCGCGAUGCCAAUGCCGAAUUUCCCAAUCGACUUCGCCAGGAUAAUCGACCUCAUCGCCGUCGAUGCACUAUCCUGUGA